ACUCAUCUUCACAUCUCAACAAAAUACAUACGAAAAAAAAUCUGUAUCUUAUUUCCAUGGACUCUACAACCCAAGAGCUAAAACAAAGAGUAAAAGACCAACAACCAACACCACAAGACAAUGACAUCAACACCAAAACAAGAACCCAAAAAUCACAACCCUCGUCGAUACCACGACGAGGCAUGCGGUCACUCGCAAUAGGAAUCAUGGUCCCAUUGAUUCUAACCUUGGCCAACGUGGCUCUUUUUGGGUGGAACCGAGCUUACAGGGCUAUUGAUAAGCCCUUUUGGGUUCCACCCUUGUGGGCUUUGCAUUUAACAUGUAUAUCUUCAUCUUUUGUUAUGGGCUUGUCAGCUUGGUUAGUUUGGGCCGAAGGUGGGUUUCAUGAAAACCCAAGUGCAAUGGGGGUUUAUUUGAGCCAACUUGGGUUAAGUUUGGCUUGGGACCCGGUUUUUUUCAAAAUGGAAGCGGCCCGAACCGGGUUGUUUGUGUGUUUGGGUCAUUUUACUAGUUUGUUUUAUUGUUACAAGAUGUUUGGACGAGUGAACCGGACUGCUGGUGAUUUGGUUAAACUUUGUUUGGUUUGGUCUAGUUUUUUAACACUUGUAAACUUGUAUUUUGUUGUUUAAUCCAUCUAUAUAUAUAAUACUAUGUGAA